AUGGCGUCCACUCUCUUCCAUGUGUUUAUAAACUCGGUCGUCCAGAUACUCAAAGUCUUCGAUAUCGCUAUAAAAAUCUCAACUAAACACGCUCCUCAAGCAGGCCAAGAGUGCAUGAUCGUGCUAGCCUGGAAACCGCAUGAUCCAGACCGCUCCUCUCUUCCUUCCUUCGCGUCGUGCGUCACCUCGGGUAGGGGUCGUGAAUGGCGUUCUGUGGAGAACCUCUUGUCGUACGAUGUCUUAACAACGUCUAGCGCCAAAGGUGUACAUCUGGCGCUCAUCAACCCUUCCUGCGGCGAGUCACUUAUGUUUCGCGCGAGGUCUCAUGAGGGCAUUAGAACCAAUGAGGUAUUAUCUUGGUGUGCAGAUAAAGACUUAUCGGAAGAAGACGGCGAAGACCUUACGAUACACGCAGACAGUGGAGAGGACAUAACUAGGAGUCGGGAUGGCGGAAUCGCCACUAGUAAAAGCGCUACAACAAAUGAUGAAGACGGUCGAACUCUGACCAGCAGACAAACUGACAGUGGUAAUUUCGGUGGCAAUGACGACGACCAGGGAAGCAGGGAAAGUGGCGACACCGACAUUGGUGACCAGGUUGGAUCCAUAAAAGGCGGUACCGUUGCCAGUUGCGUCUCUAGUACCGUGUCCGACGCCACGGAACUGGAAGGCGUCGAUGGGGAGGUUGGGAGCAAGACUCAUGAAAGUUCUGCAACUUGCAAUAGUACAGACGAGAGUCAAGAUGGAAAUGCUACUUAUGCCCCGUCUGGUGGUAGCCACACAGUAUAUGGGGAGCCCCUCAGCUCUGUUGAUCCUGUAUCCAUAACAACCACUUCAGGGACUUCACCGCCAGGAACGACUGCUUCAGCAUCUACAUCUCUACAUAACCACGUCUCAACGAACCAUACGAAAGUAAUCAUUGGGAGCACCCUCGGAUCAUUGACCCUGGUAGUGAUAAUACUAUUAUCAAUAUUCUUCUGGCGCAGGAAAAAAACCAGGUUCAGAAAUGACAAGGUCUCUCAAAGCGAGAGCCCUCCAACGGAUUCCAGACCUGGCUCUGUCGAUACUCCCAUAUCAUCGUCGUCAUCGCCUUAUCUUUAUCCCUUCGCACCGAGCUGGAAAAGCCGUGAUUUCCCCUCGCCGAGAACGAGAACGGAAUCGCCUCCCAGAGUUUCUUCUUGGCGGCAAGCAGAGGAAAACCAAAUCCAGACUGGGGAAAGUCGAGUGAGGUUGGCGGUGGAAAGCGCAUAUGGCGAACCGCUCCCACCAUCAUAUCGCGAAUGA